AAUCGCUCGCCUGUUCUUCGUGCCCACAUGCCGCUGCUGUCGGCUACCGUCGCUCUUCUGUCUUUCGCCGGCCCGUCCGCCUCGCUGCGGCUCAGCCCCGCCGCGCCGCGCAUGUCCGCCGUCGACGCGCCGCCGCAGCAGGCCGCGUCGCCGGCGCCCGACGCCAUCAGUAGCAGUGCUCCGCUGCACGUGCUGAUUGCUGGCGGCGGCGUGGGCGGGCUGGCGCUCGCCAACUGCCUGGAGCUGUCGGACGCGCCGGUCACCUACACCGUCCUCGAGCGCACCUCCGAGUUCAAAAAGUUUGGCGGCCCGAUCCAGCUCGCGUCAAACGCGAUGCAGGGCUUCCGCUCGAUCGACGAGGAGCUGUACAAGCAGAUCGAGGCGCGCGCGACGUGGACCGGCAACCGGACCAACGGCAUCAAGGACGGCGUCCGCGACGAGUGGUACGCAAAGUUCGACCUCCGCUCGCCAGCCGAGUCGCGAGAGAUGCCCUUCACUUGCGUGGUCGAGCGGCCGGAGCUGCAGGAGAUCCUGAUGCGGCGCACGCACGACAACCUGCGGCUCGGCGCCGGCGUCGAGUCCUACGGGAAGCGCAGCGACGGCGGCGUCGUCGCCACGCUGCAGACGGGCGAGCAGGUGCACGGCGACGUCCUCAUCGGGGCCGACGGCAUCUGGUCCAACGUGCGCGCGGCGAUGACGGAGACGCCCGCGCGCGGCGAGGGGUCCGGCGUCACCUACUCUGGCUACACCGCGAGCGAGGAGAAGCCGGACGGCUCCUCGCCGUACCUGCAGAAGCUGUUUGAGGGGUGGUCGCCGGAGAUCCACGACAUCCUGCGAGUGACGCAGGAGCACGAGAUCGAGCAGCGCGACUUGUACGACCGCCCUCCCUCGGUGCUCAAGCCGUGGAACAAGGGCCGCGUCGCGCUGCUCGGGGACGCCAUCCACGCGAUGAUGCCCAACCUCGGCCAGGGCGGCUGCCAGGCGCUCGAGGAUGCGCUCGUCAUCUCGGAGCAGCUCACGUCCCUCUCGAGCCGCGGCGAGAUCGAGGGGGCGCUGCAGGGGUACCGCAACCGGCGCCUGACUCCUUUGGGGGCGGUGCAGGGCCUCUCGCGCUUCGCCUCGGACAUCAUCAUCCGCGGCUUCGACACGCCGGCCAAGCUUGGCUUCUCGGGAGGCAAGCUGGUCGCCGAGAACCUCAACUACGCCGGCGUGGUGACGCGGCUGCUGCAGCCGAUCCUGCCCGUCUUCUUCGCGGUGCAGUUCGCCUUUCUGUACGACGGCUGGGAGAACAAGUUCUCGCUCAAGCAGCUGCAGAUCGGACUCUCCAUCUUUGCAUUCGGCUCGCUCUUCCUCAUCGCCUUCGCCGCCACCGCGGGCAGCGAGGAGGUCCUCAACUCGCUCGGCGGCGGUCCGCCCGGCCUGUGA